CAAAAAUAUCAUAACCUCACUUUCCCACAAAUACAGAAUGGAUUCAAACGUUUAAUAUAUUCUGCGGGAAUAAAUUUGGAAAACACUUGAAAUUCAUAAUAUUAAAAGAAUACAACCUUGAAGAAUGUCGUUCAUUGCCAAAAGAGUUAUUGAUCCUGCAGUCAUUCAGCAGAAAAUCAAAGGAACAAUUGUGGAAAAAUGGAUGUUCUACUGGAAAAGUGUGAUGAGGGAUUACAAGGAUGUAGUGAUUGGAUUGAAAGAGGAAGCGAAACAGAAACCUAAGAAAGCUGUUGCUGUAAUAACAGGAUUCACUUUUCUUGGGAUAUGUGCAAAAACAAACCCUGACCUGAAAAGUUUCCGAGCAAAACACAUUCAAAGUGUUGUGGACAUAUCUUUGGUAUCUUCAACUGUAGCAAAUCCUACAUCGUUAAAUCAUUUAAAGUAUUUAGAAAAAUGCUUCAACGCAAGUCUGAUUCGGCACCAGAGUUUUGGAUUAUUUUCUCUUAUUUGGGUAGAUACAUCAAGUGACAAAUGUAAGAAUUAUGAGAGUACUUGUGAAUAUAUGAACUGGAGAUAUGUAAACUUUCAUAGACAAGUAGUAGAUGUAGGUUUCCUUGGUAUCUGGUGGGUGAUUUCCAGAAAAAUGCUAGAUUAUGACAUAAAUUAUUAAAUAGAGCUUACCUUAA